CUUUAGCCGUGGCUGUCACCCGGGCUGAACGUGCUACGUUUAGCCGUGGCUGUCACCCGGACUCCACAUUGGGUACCCACAGAAACUACAGUUUUAGUAUGCAGAAAGGAAGAGGGAGAACAAGCCGGAUCAGAAGACGAAAACUCUUCAGAAGUUCUGAAUCAAGAGGAGUGAGUGAGAGCUACAAGUCUGAAUUCAUAGAGCUAAAGAAGUGGCUGAAAGAUAGGAAGUUUGAAGAUAGAAACUUAACACCUGCCCGUUUUCCCGGUACAGGAAGAGGGCUGCUGAGCAGAACAUCCUUGCAGGAAGGAGAGAUUAUUAUUUCGUUGCCCGAGAGUUGCCUGCUCACCACGGACACAGUGAUUCGAAGCUACUUAGGGGUGUACAUUACUAAGUGGAAGCCUCCUCUGUCUCCUCUGCUGGCUCUGUGCACCUUUUUAGUUUCAGAAAAGCACGCGGGGGACAGGUCUCUCUGGAAGCCUUACCUGGAGAUCUUACCUAAGGCUUACACCUGCCCUGUUUGUUUGGAGCCAGAAGUGGUGAAUCUUCUACCCAAACCUUUAAAAGAAAAGGCCGAACAGCAGAGGGCCUGCGUGCAGGAGUUCUUUGCGUCUUCCAGAGACUUUUUCUCUUCCCUGCAACCUCUGUUUGCAGAGGCUGUUGACAGCAUCUUCAGCUACAGUGCCCUCCUGUGGGCUUGGUGCACUGUCAACACCAGAGCUGUGUAUCUGAGGUGCAGGCGGCAGGAAUGCCUUUCUUCAGAGCCAGAUACCUGUGUGCUUGCUCCAUACCUUGACCUGCUGAAUCAUAGCCCACACGUCCAGGUAAAAGCAGCAUUUAAUGAGGAAACCCGCUGUUAUGAAAUUAGAACGGCAUCAAGUUGUAGAAAACAUGAAGAGGUAUUCAUCUGCUAUGGCCCACAUGAUAACCACCGGCUGCUUCUGGACUAUGGAUUUGUUUCCACUCGUAAUCCUCAUGCUUGCGUUUAUGUCUCAAGAGAAAUACUUGUUAAAUAUCUUCCAUCAACCGAUAAACAAGUGAACAAAAAGAUUUCCAUUUUAAAGGAUCAUGGCUUUAUAGAAAAUUUGACAUUUGGAUGGGAUGGACCAUCUUGGAGGUUACUUACAGCUCUUAAAUUGUUAUGUCUGGAAGCCGGAAAAUUUACUUGCUGGAAAAAAGUACUUCUUGGGGAAAUAAUUUCAGAUACAAAUGAGAAGACAAGUUUGGACAUAGCCCAGAAAAUAUGCUAUUAUUUCAUAGAGGAGACUAAUGCUAUGCUUCAAAAGGUUUCUCAUAUGAAGGAUGAAAAAGUGGCUUUGAUAAACCAACUAACUUUGGUGGAAACGCUGUGGACGGAAGAGCUAAAGAUUCUCAAGGCAUCUGCUGAGAUCCUACACAGUUUGCAAACAGCUUUCACCUGACUUCACCUAAGUGCAUUUGACUCCUCCUAUGAGCGUCUUCAUGGGUGGAGUGGUGGCCGCUCUGAGGACAUUGAAGGACAUCUUCAGGGGCAGAACACUUCUGG